CAAAGACGCCGGAAACACGUCUUUUCUGUACAGGCACUGCAGUAACACCAGAGGCGGCGUGCAUGCUGCUCUCCAGCUAGUUCAUUGAGCCGGGAGUACACAACAUUCACGGAGAAGCGGAAUGCAUUGCGUGUUGGAGAUGUUGGGUUUUUAAGUGUGAUUUAAAACAGACAGAGACCUUGUUUUAUUGGAUUUGAGCUGCUGGUCUUGUGGAGUUUAAAUUUAUUAGGUCAUGUUCUUUGCUAGACUUUUCCAUUCUCGGUAUAUUUCAACUAAUAGCCUAACUCCCACAUCUGGUUCAAAAUCAGGCGAUUAUGCAGCAGAACAGAGCUCGUUACCUCAUCUUUUUUCAGUACCUCGGGUCCAAAUACAGUGGUGUGAUGAAGUCUCCAGCCCACCAGCCAGCGGAGGGUGUCCAGAAUCACUUAGAGAACGCAGUGCGAAGGCUAAAGCCACUAAAUGAGGUAUCAGUGUCUAUCUCCAGUCGAACGGACACGGGUGUGCAUGCUCUCUGUAACUCUGCACACCUGGACAUCCUGCGGAAAGCAGACAAACCACCCUUCGCUGAAAAAGUCCUGACUGAGGCCUUAAACUUCUUUUUAAAACCAGAGCCCAUCAGAAUCACAAGAGUCUAUCGUGUGGCGAGUGACUUCCAUGCACGCUAUCGUGCCAUAUCAAGAACCUACGUGUAUCGCCUGGCCACUGGAGUCUCUCAUCACUCAGAAAUGCCCAUAAUGGAGAAGGAUCUGUGCUGGGCAUUACGAGACACGGAGCUGGACAUCAGUGCCAUGCAGGAGGCCGGCACUAUUCUGAGUGGCACUCACGAUUUCAGCACCUUCCGUGCCCUGAGCUCCGACACCCCUUUCAAAGACCCAGUGAAGACCAUGGAGCUGGUGCAGGUGCAGCCAGGCCUUUCUUUCAGCCAGCGCCACUUCCACAGAGACAUUCAAUUUUGGGAACUCUCAUUUAAAAGUAGGUCCUUUUUAUACAGACAAGUGCGGAGGAUGACCGGGGCAUUAGUUGCUGUUGGCCAGGGUAAACUGUCAGUCAGGCAGAUUCAGGAGCUGCUGGAUGCUCGUGACUCUCUGGCCUACCCACAGAACAUGGCGGCCCCGUCCUGCGGCCUCAUUCUGACCAAUGUGGAGUAUAAAGAUUUGGAUCUGAUGCCUUACACCCAGGACUGAACAGAUGACAGAAACUGACUGAUUACAGAACGCAAAAGCAAGACAAGUGGGAAUGUGUAAAUAUGUGUCUGAAAAAAGUAAAUAAACUAUGAUUUGUCCCUUCUUUUAUCCUU